GACUCAGCACCGGUGGUGGUUUCACUCUCUGUGCUGGUCUCUCCCCCGUUUACUCCUUCUUGAUUUCUGUGUUUUAAUUAUGGUUAAAGAACCGCUCGACUCCAUCCAUGAGAAGGUUUGGAAUCUCUGCAGAAAUCCUUCUUUGAAAAUCCCAUGAGGAACUUAAGACACACUCAGAUCAAGGAAUUAAACAUAGUUAAUCAUCAUGGAUCUUUCAUUUAUGGCUGCACAGCUUCCUGUAAUGAGCGGAGCUUUCAUGGAUGCGUCACCUGUGGAUGACUACAGUACAGAACGUUCUCUCUUUAAUUCAUUGGCCAGUGUGAAUGCAGCGCCCCCCGCAUCAGCACCUGCGCAACAGGAUGAGCAGCGCCGCGUGUCCAGCGAUGCCGUCUGGCUGUGGAUUGCCAUCAUCGCCACCAUCGGCAACAUCGUGGUGGUUGGAGUAGUUUACGCUUUUACUUUCUGACCCCUCGUUUCUUAAGAAUCUCAAUGAGGCUCAACAAUCGCCUCUGUGGACUGUGGAUGUGGUGUCCUAAAUGACAAAUGUCCCAUACUGGUGGAGAUACACUUUCAGUUUUUAACCAAGGAGCUAUACUAUAUAUAUAUAUAUAUGUGGAGAGCGUUAUAAGCUAGUAUUCACAUUCAUCUCAAUGGCAGUUGCUUGGCAUGGUGCAUGCAUCCCUGGAAGUUCGUGAUUAGGAUUAUAAUCACAGAACUACACAGAGAUAAUCACCUGCGUCGUAAAUGGCAUUUUGAUUCAUCUCUUUGGAGCCUCAGGAAAAGGAUGACAACAUUAAUUGGCUGAUGGCACCGCAAGAACGCACACAGUCCCAAACCUUAUCGAUUAUCCUAAGCUGUGACGUCAAAGGCAGCAGAAAGCGAAACGAAGAAGUCCAUUUGACACUUUUAAGAACCCUCUAUCAGUCACUGGUAAAACAUCUACGAAUAAUAUAAGUAAUAUAUAUAUGUUGCGUGUAUAAAGGUAGCCAGCUUGUAGGUAGCUGUGUGGUAUGUGUAAACCUCACUCUUGUGGCCUCAAGAGGCGCACUAGCGACUGACACUAUGGCCUUUAGCCUCCUUGUUAGCACACCCACCUCACAUGCUGGAGACCCUGGUUCAAAUCCCAGUUGGAGCAUAUCAAGCAGGACUGGUUACAGUAGUGCCAUGACCUGGAUGGGAGUGAGGUUUAGGGGGUUGAGUGUAAAGGUAGCCAGCUGGUAAGUAGCUGUGCAUUGUGUAAACCUCACACCCCUGGCCUCAAGAAGCAUGCUAGGGGCUGUAGCCUUUAGCCUCCUCUUUAGCGCGCCCGCCUCCCAUGCUGGAAACCCCGGUUCAAAUCCCGCUCGUAGCGUGUCGAGCAGAACCGGUUAUAAUUGCAAAAAAACUAAUAAAAAAGAUUGGUUCUUUCUGAAUGACCAUUGAUGGAGAAAGUUUAUUUUUGCCUCAACACCAGCAGGGGCUAUCCAGGCCAAGCUAACCAGACAAAACCUUGUCUCCAUGCUUAAAUCCUUUUUUCCCCCUUAUUACCAUUUAGAGACCUCAUGCAGGGGAAGUACAAAUGGAUUCAUUAGUGAUAAACAUUCACUGAAAGAAUUGGACCACCCUAAAAAUCCCCUAGAGACUCCAAAAGCAGUUCUGGGAAGUGGAACUCAAUUAUUUGGAUGCAGUGAGCGUGAAUUCUGAAACAUUUUUUUAUUAUUAUUUAAUCUUUGAUACAAAGUGAGUAUUCUACUUGUUUUAAUGGAUUUGUAAAUGUAUUGCUUGUUUUGUGAUUUGUUAUUAGAGAAUGAUAGCCUACUUUUGGAUACUUUUAUCACUAAGUUCUCAGUAGCACAGGUUGCCAUGGCAAAGUUUUGUGAGUUACAACUUUAAUUAAAUAUAAGGCUGAAUCAUAAUUAUCAUUCUGUGAAUUAUUGUUCCGGAAAUUGUGAUGGUUGACAGUGCAACAUGAUCACAUGGGAAGGCAGCAUGUUGUUUCAGAGAGUUCAGUAAGGAUCAUUCAUAUUAUGCUGACUCACCGGUAAGCUGAGACCGAUUUAAGCUAAAGAAAAGUCAACAUACUGUUUUUGAUUUCACUGUGAGAUCAGUCUGUACAGUGACAACAUCUGGCAGACCUAUUUAGACCUAUUUUUGACAAAAGAAAUAUUUGGGACAACUGUUUUUGUGUCAGUGUGAACAAGGUCUUUAUGAUGAAAACAGAUGUUUCAUUAUAAUUCUUUAUUGUUUUUUUCACAGCAGACAUAUUAACAUCAUCUUGAUUAUCAAGAAAAAGAUCAUUUAAAUGUCUGAUUCAGUUGCCAUGGCGUUUCUCUCCUCCAGAAUUGUAUCAGCCACUGCAAGAGUCUCUUCCUAAACUUUUGAAACUAUAAAUUGGCUUUGAUCCGCUGUGGUCCAGUGGCAGCUGUUGCCAUGGUGAUAAAUCCUCUCUAAUUAAGAACAUUAAUGAACUCUUCAUUAGAUGGACAUACUGAAGGAGUAUUGAGUCAGGCUUUCUCAUUAUUUAGUGCCAUUUUCCUUUGUUUUAACAAUGACAAUAUGGACUCAAGUAAUUGCGAGCCGUUUUAGCAUUUAAUCACUUGCAUCUAUAAUUUCAUUUUCAAAAAUUUCAAAAUAUAAUUAUAUAUAUCUGUAAUGGUUUAUAUAAAGAAUCACAAGAAAUUAUUUAAGUUUAUGACAUACCUGCCAACACUCCCGAUUUUACCUGGUUUCUCCUGUUUUUCUACCCCUCCUCCCUCUGUAAUCCUGAUUUAAGUUUUCUCCCAAUAAACUCAUGAUUUUUAUCCAACCACACUUUUCUCAUGAGUGUUUAUUAGACCUACAGGUGUGGGGUUGCCACCCAUCCCGUAAAAUUCGGGAUUGUCAGGUAUUUACUUUAGAUAUGAAAUGAUGCGUCCCGUAACGAAUCAGUAUAGGACGUGAUUUGUCUGGACUGUCUGAAAAGUCCACACAUUGUGCUAAAAUUGUGGAUUUUUUUAUUGAAAAACAGAAGGUUCGAUAUAAAUGUUCAAUAAUUAUUAUUAUUUUUAUUUUAUUUUUAUACUAUAAAAAAAAAAAAUAUAUAGAUCCAACAAUGUAUGAAUACUAUCACUGAGUCAUAAAGACAAGAAUACAAAAGAAACAAAAUACAAAUAAACCAACACAGGUGUAUACAUAAAGAAGAUAAGUAAUCGAAGAAAUAAAAAUAAUUAUAUUUUUUUAAAAGUCAUGGGUCACAAAAGUUCUCAGCAUAUAAGAUAUACACUUUUUAUUAUUAAUAACUCAAAAAGCAUUUAUUGCUAAAACUGUGAAGGAUGUGGUAAGGGACCAUCUGAAUACAUUUCUUGGUAUUAUGCAUCAUCAGUGUAGUAUUACUGACCGACUGCCACUCCCUGUAUGCAUAUUACGCAGUCUGCGUAGUGCACCUACGUCCUACAGGGCACCAUCUUACCUUAGGGGGGCACCAGAAACUCCACUGCCGUUCCUCGCACAUUCGAGGAUGUAUGUAACAUCUCCCUAUUUUUCACAAUCUGAUGUUGGCAGGUAUGGUUUAUGAUAUAAAUUCCGAUUACGAAAAUGUGGUUGAAGUACGAGUGAUUUAUUCCAGAUAUAUAGUAUCAGAAUAGAAUGUGCAUAUUUACUGUACAUUUGAAAGGACUUCAGUAUGCAGCACAACAGUAGAUGAUGUCAAACAUCUUAUGGCAUCUUAUGUAUUUCUUCAUCUUAGAACCAAUGGACUAUUAACCCAAAUGCUCCUGUUUUUUAUACAUAUGAAAAAAUAGCUGUAUUGGUGAUAUGAAAUGACUGAAGCUGUCAACAUAUAUAAUCUGAUGAUAUAAAAAUGUUUAAAAGAAUUGUCUUUAUUUUUCAAAAGUCAUUUUUUUGGGAGAAAAAUGUUAUUUACUAUUAAAAUGUAAAUAACCAAUAUCAUUCGUUUCCCUGUCUUCAACUUUUCAAUUAAGAAAUGAUGAAAAGAUGAUAACUUCACAGCAGACUGUUGAAUUAUCUGCAUAAACUGAUUGACCCAAAGCAUGAGUCAGUGAUGACAUCAUAAUGGAGCUCAGCUGAUAUUGUUUUAAUGAGCUAAUAUGAAUAUAACACAUAUAUCAAACCAGUGUACUAUGGAGGUUAAGCUUUAAUUAUACACAGAUUAAAGGCAGCUCAAUUAAUGUCAUUAACAUGCUCGCUGGUGAUACAGGGAAUUACUCAGCUAUCACUCAUUGUUUGUCUAUAUUGUCCACUUGUAUUAUGGAUUGUGUAGGUCAACGUCAUCUACUAACUGGGAAGUCUCCCAGGAUUAUGAUGUUAAAUGUGUUGAAAUGUGCCAGGACUUUCAGAACAGUUUUCUCAUAAUAUGUAAUAAUCUUUUUGUCAUAAACGUUUCUUUUGGAAUACCUGAAGAAACAGAUGAAAAUGUUUACAUUAGAAAGUAAAACAGCCAAGGGGGGAACUUCAAGAUGGACAUGUCAAAUAGCAUCUACAUCAACAAUGAAAGGUGUAUAUUUUAUGUGCUGUAACUGGCCUAUUCUCUGCCAUCUGUUCCAUUUAUAUAUAUAUAUAUAUAUAUAUAUAUAAUUUAUGCAUUUAAAUUUCAUAACAAAAUUCCAUUAAAAUGAAUGGAGUAUUCUUU